AUGGAUUUGUUACCGGCUGAGGCUUCGGAGACGGUGAAGAAACGGAAGAGUGGGUUUCGGUCGUUGAAGCUAGUCAACGUGAAUAUGGACGACCCUUUACCGGAAGAGCCUUUUGGAGUGGACUAUGGCAGACUUGAGAAUGGCCUCACCUACUAUGUCCGAUCCAAUUCCAAGCCCAGGAUGAGGGCUGCUCUUUCUCUUGCUGUCAAGGCCGGUUCAGUUUUGGAAGAAAACGAGGAGCGUGGAGUUGCUCAUAUCGUUGAGCAUCUUGCUUUCAGCGCCACCACGAAUUACACUAAUCAUGACAUUGUCAGAUUUCUGGAGAGCAUUGGAGCCGAGUUUGGGGCAUGUCAAAAUGCUGUUACUUCCGCGGAUGAAACUGUCUAUGAGUUGUUCGUUCCCAUUGACAAGCCUGAACUGUUGUCCCAGGCUAUUUCUGUUUUGGCAGAAUUUAGUACCGAGGUUCGUGUAUCAACGGAUGACCUUGAAAAAGAAAGAGGUGCUGUCUUGGAAGAGUACAGAGUAAAUAGAAAUGCAAACGGUAGGAUGCAGGAUGCCCAUUGGAUUCUUAUGAUGGAAGGUUCCAAGUAUGCUGAGCGACUACCUAUUGGAUUGGAAAAGGUAAUCCGAACAGUUUCGCCUGAGGUAGUGAAGGGAUUUUACAAGAAGUGGUAUAAUUUGCAAAAUAUGGCCGUUAUUGCCGUCGGAGAUUUUCCUGAUACACAGAGUGUUGUUGAGUUGAUAAAGCUUCAUUUCGGACCUAAAUUUUCAGCUCCAGACCCUCCAGUUAUACCGUAUUUUCCUGUUCCGUCACAUAAAGAGCCAAGAUUUUCAUGUUUUGUGGAUUCUGAAGCUGCCGGGUCAGCAGUGAUGAUUAGUUGCAAGAUGCCUGUUGAAGAGCUGAAGACGGUGAAGGAUUACAGGGAUUUGCUUGCUGAGUCUAUGUUUUUUCAUGCUUUGAAUCAGAGAUUCUUUAAAAUAUCCCGUAAGAAAGAUCCUCCAUAUUUCUCAUGCUCUGCUGCUGCGGAUGUCCUUGUUCAUCCAAGUAAAGCCUAUAUAAUGACAUCAUCCUGUAAAGAGAAGGGAACUAUAGCUGCUCUCGAAUCAAUGCUCACCGAGGUUGCUAGGGUUCGUUUGCAUGGGUUUUCUGAUCGUGAAAUAGCCGUUGUGCGUGCGCUGCUAAUGUCAGAGAUUGAAUCUGCGUAUUUAGAACGGGAUCAAAUGCAGUCAACAGGUUUACGAGAUGAAUACUUGCAGCAUUUUCUGCGAGAUGAACCUGUAGUUGGGAUUGAGCAUGAAGCACAACUCCAUAAAACCCUUCUACCCUAUAUCACAACAUCUGAGGUAUCAAGAUAUUCGGAAAAUUUCCAGACUUCAUCCAGCUGUGUCAUAAAGAUAAUUGAACCACACGCAACAGCCAAUGUGGAUGAUUUGAAUGCAAUUGUGUUGAAGAUCAAUUCCCUCGAGAAAGAGAAUGUUAUUUCUCCUUGGGAUGAUGAGGACAUUCCAGAAGAAAUUGUCCACACCAAACCCAAUCCAGGGUCAAUAAUCCAGCAGGUUGAGUAUCCUACUAUAGCUGCAACAGAGUUGAUUCUUUCCAACGGAAUGCGAGUUUGCUAUAAAUGCACCGACUUUCUAGACGAUCAGGUUAUAUUCACAGGGUUUUCUUAUGGGGGCUUAUCUGAGCUUCCGGAGAGUGAAUAUUUCUCCUGUUCAAUGGGCCCGACAAUUGCUGGAGAAAUUGGUGUAUUUGGUUAUAGACCUUCAAUGCUCAUGGACAUGCUCGCUGGUAAAAGGGCUGAAGUAGGUACGAAGCUUGGAGCGUACAUGAGAACCUUUUCUGGUGAUUGUUCACCUUCAGACUUAGAAACUGCCUUACAGCUUGUCUACCAACUUUUUACGACCAACCUGGAACCAGGGGAAGAAGAUGUUAGCAUUGUGAUGCAAAUGGCAGAAGAAGCAGUGCGUGCUCAAGAUAGAGACCCCUAUACUGCAUUUACUAAUCGUGUGAGAGAACUCAAUUACGGGAACUCUUACUUUUUCAGACCAAUACGAAUCAGUGACCUUCAAAAAGUUGAUCCACUUAAAGCUUGUGAAUACUUUAGCAGUUGUUUCAAGGAUCCAUCUACCUUCACAGUGGUGAUUGUUGGGAAUAUCGACCCUGCUAUUGCAUGCCCCUUGAUUCUGCAAUAUUUGGGAGGUAUACCAAGGCCUUCUGAACCCGUCUUAAGUUUUAACCGGGAUGACCUCAAGGGAUUGCCUUUUACUUUCCCUUCAACCAUAAUUAGAGAAGUUGUCCACAGCCCCAUGGUGGAAGCACAAUGUUUGGUCCAGCUAUGCUUUCCUGUUGAGCUGAAGAAUGAAAACAUGAUGGAGGAUGUUCACUUCAUUGGUUUUAUAAGCAAGCUUCUAGAAACAAAGAUAUUACAAGUCCUCCGUUUCAAGCAUGGACAGAUUUACUCUGUUGGAGUUUCUGUUUUCCUUGGUGGCAAUAAACCUUCAAAAGUUGGCAAUGUCCGUGGUGAUAUAAGCAUAAAUUUUUCAUGUGAUCCGGAAAUAUCUUCAACAUUGGUGAAUCUUGCUUUAGAUGAGGUAUCCCGACUUCAAGAGGAAGGUCCUUCAAAUGAUGAUGUCUCAACAAUUCUUGAGAUUGAGCAAAGAGCUCAUGAAAAUGGAUUGCAGGAAAAUCUUUAUUGGCUAGAUAGGAUUUUAAGAAGCUAUCAAUCACGGCUCUAUUCUGGUGAUGUUGGUACUUCGUUUCAGGUUCAAGAUGAGGAACGUUCCAAAGUGAGAGAGAAGUUGACGCCAUUAACAGCACAGUUAGCACUCCAGAGAAUUCUUCCUUUUCCUUGCAUGAAGCAGUACACUGUUGUGAUCCUUAUGCCUCAGGCAUCUCGGUUGAAACGGUUAAAAGCAUUAAUCCAGUCUGGGAGAAACCGUUAUGUUGGUGAUGCCAAGUUUUAUGCCUUAGUUUGUGGAGAUAUUCAAGAAGUGCGGUUAGAUCCUAGCAAACCUUCAUCUUCUUUCCACCUCAAGUCGUUGCGGCGCCACUGCCUCUAUCAAGGAACUGAAGGAGUAUCAAGGGUGGACAGGUUGGAGAACAAUAAGUACUGCUCGUUAGUCCGGUUCCUGAGCCCUAAUCCUACCACAUUGAAUCCUGCAUUUCGCCUGUGUGUUGUCGGCUGCAGCAGCUCUUGUUCCUCUUCUUCCUCCGCUUACCGUCUGAAAGUCUCGAGCCAAGAUUCAGUGAAACCGACAGAGAAAAUGGUAGAGAAAACCAAGAUAAGGAAAGAGGAUGUGGUCACCCGGGAGUACACCAUCAACCUCCACAAACGCUUGCACGGCUGCACUUUCAAGAAGAAAGCUCCUAAAGCCAUUAAAGAGAUCAGAAAAUUUGCUCAGAAAGCCAUGGGAACCAAUGAUGUCAGAGUGGAUGUGAAGCUCAACAAACACAUCUGGAGCAGGGGGAUCCGAAGUGUCCCAAGACGUAUCAGAGUUCGUAUUGCUCGCAAGAGGAACGAAGAUGAGGAUGCAAAGGAAGAGCUCUACUCCCUUGUCACUGUUGCAGAAAUCCCAGCUGAUGGCCUCGGGGGUCUAGGCACCACCAUCAUUGACGAUGACGAGUAG